GAGCGCGGGCGCGGGCGGCGGCUGGGGAGGCUCGGGUGCCGACGCCGUUGGGCCGCCGCGGCCUCCUCUUCCUCCGCUUAGUGCUCGGCGCUCAGGGACGCCGCGCUGGGGAGGCCGGCCGCCCGGGGCACGUCGCGUCAGACCUUCGAGUACUUUGUGCCAAAUCAUUACCCCUGCCCCAUGAGUCCAAGUCAUGACGGACGCCAAGUAUGUCCUCUGCAGAUGGAAAAAGCGAUUAUGGCCUGCAAAGGUUUUGGCCAGAACGGAGAUGUCAACAAAAAAUAAGAGAAAAAAGGAAUUUUUUCUAAGUGUUCAAAUACUCUCCCUAGAUGAAAAAAUUGAGGUGAGGAGCACGGAGGCGGAGACCCUGCGGACGGCUCACAUCGAGCGGAUCGCUUCGGCGUUGGCCGCCCAGCACGAGGGUCCCGCCGAAGCCCUGGAGGAGCUGACCUACAGACGCUCCCUUCGAGUGGCCCUGGACGCGCUGGGCGGGGGCGCUGCUCCGCCUCCGGAAGGCCCUUCGGGGGGAGAAGGACCUGCUCCGCGCGCACGAGAGAGGCCCCCGGGACUGGCUUCCUUGCUCUGUGACGCCGGCUCUUCUUGCCUCCGGGAGGCUGUGCCGGGCAGAUCUGGACCCGAGAGGAGGGAGCGUGUCCACCCAAGGCUGUCAGGUUCCCCCACUUGUGAAGAGGACUCCAGGUGCAAAGCGGACCACAAGAAGUUGCUUGGGAAAAGCGGAAGCCCACGAGCCUGGGCUGCCCCGCCAGCUGGAGGUGGUUCUCGGGGCAGCAGUGGGUCCAGAAUGUGCUGUGCAAGCCGGACGACCCCCAGUAAGCCGGGGAGGGGCUCAGCCCGGGAGCCCAGCAUGGGUCGGAGCGCGCCUUCGCUCUCGGAGGGAGACGACGAGAAAAGCAGCCCGGGCAGCCCCGGCUCACCCCCCCGAGUGAAGGAGGAGGGGCCGUGGGCCGGAGGACGAGCCCCUAGUUUGCGUGUGCGCAGCCCCGCCGUGCCCCCAGCCUGCCCAGACGCCCACGGCCGCCCUGCCAAGCGGCUGUGCACCGAUGCUGACCAGAGGCCACCCACGACGCAGCUGGAGCCGGGGGAAGCGGUGUCCUCCAGGCAGGGGCCCAGGAAAUGCAUGACCCUGCGCAGCGCUGCCAGACUGCGCCCGCCUGCCCCCCAGGCACCCACAGAGGACACGGAAGAUCUUCGAGUCCUGGCGGAGGAAGCCCAAGACCGUCGCUCUCCCGGGGCGUCCGCGGGGUCCGAGCCCGAGCCUCCCGUGCUGGAGGAGGACGACGACGACGAGGAGCCCCCCCGAAUCCUGCUGUACCACGAACCACGUUCGUUCGAAGUCGGCAUGCUGGUCUGGCUGAAACACCAGAAGUACCCCUUCUGGCCGGCAGUGGUCAAGAGCAUCCGGCGAAGAGACAAGAAGGCCAGCGUGCUCUUCAUCGAGGGGCACAUGGACCCCAAAGGGAGAGGCAUCACCGUGUCUCUCCGGAGGCUGAAGCACUUCGACUGCAAAGAGAAGCAGGCGCUUCUGAACGAAGCCAAGGAGGACUUCGACCAGGCCAUCGGCUGGUGCGUCUCCCUGAUCACAGACUACAGGGUCCGGCUCGGCUGCGGCUCUUUCGCCGGCUCUUUCCUGGAGUAUUACGCGGCCGACAUAAGUUACCCCGUCCGCAAGUCCAUCCAGCAGGAUGUGUUGGGGACCAGGUUUCCCCAGCUAAGCAAGGGGGACCCCGAGGAGCCGAUGACGGGGAGCCCCCAGGGAAGGAGGCAGCCUUGCAGGAAAGUCCUCCCCGACCGCUCGCGGGCUGCCCGGGACCGGGCCAACCAGAAGCUGGUGGAGUACAUCGUGAAGACGCGGGGCGCCGAGGGCCACCUACGGGCCAUCCUGAGGAACAGGAAGCCGUCGCGGUGGCUGAAGACGUUCCUCCACUCGGGCCAGUACAUGACCUGCGUCGAGACGUACCUGGAGGACGAGGAGCAGCUGGACCUGGUGGUGAAGUACCUGCAGGGCGUCUACCAGGAGACGGGCAGCAGGGCGCUGGCGCGGGUCAACGGCGACAGGAUCCGCUUCAUCCUGGAUGUCCUUCUGCCUGAAGCCAUCAUCUGUGCGAUCGCUGCGGUGGACGCUGUGGAUUACGAGACGGCCGAGGCGAAGUACCUCCGGGGACCUUCGCUCAGCUACCGGGAAAAAGAAAUGUUCGACAGCCAGCUCCUGGAGGAGAGAAGUCAGCGCCGCUGACCGGAGGGGUCGGCGCGGCCUGGUCCGCAGGCCGGGCCCGUGUGCACGAGCCUCACCUGUGGCUUCUGUUUCCCGGUCUUUUUCUGGAAGGUAUAGUUCCUGAAAGGCUUUUGAAGCGUUGUUUUACUUCAUGUUAUUGUAUUCGUGCCAUAUCGUUUCGGAUGAGGUGCACAUUUGUCUCCCUGCGUCCCGAAGCACCGUGUCGGUAUUAAAGAGUUUAACAAAGCCCGA